AUGGAGUUCGCCGCCUUUGCAGAGCAGAUCCGAUCCGGCCGUCCGGCCAAGUUCCCUGCCAACGCAACCAGUUUUGAGUUCGCCCAGCAGCUUGACGCUCAGGACAGUCUUGGACACCUGCGCGAUGAGUUUAUCAUUCCGACGAAGGGUUCCUUGAAGAAGAAGUCUUUGGAUGGCACUCUUCCAGCUCGUUUUCAUUCCAACAAUGUUCUUUUGCUGACCGUCGAAAAAGACAAACAAGCCCUCAACGGCCAUAUAAACGGGUUCAAGGGCAAAAAUGGGGCCAGUGACUCAACAGAGGAUGACGAGACACCUUCAGUCUACUUCUGUGGUAACUCAUUGGGAGUUCCGCCCAAGUCAGUCAAGGAAUACAUCCAUGCUCAGUUGGAGACAUGGGCCUCAAUUGGAGUGAACGGCCACUUCCAGGGACUUGAGAACUCCCCACUGGUGUGCUGGCAAGACAUGGCCGAGGACGUCGCAAAGAAGAGUGCACACAUUGUCGGCGCUUUGCCUGAAGAGGUCGUCAUGAUGAACACCUUGACUGCCAACCUGCAUUUCUUGAUGGCUAGCUUCUACCGACCGACAGAAAAGAAGCACAAGAUCAUUCUUGAAUGGAGACCAUUCCCUAGUGAUUAUUACGUCAUCGAGUCGCAAAUUCAGUGGCACGGGUUGGACCCGACCAAGUCGAUGGUCCCGAUUCAACCCGAUGAGAACUUUUACAUCUCUACGGAUCUGAUAUUGAAGACCAUCGAUGAGCACGCUGAUGAGACUGCCUUGCUCCUACUUCCGGGCAUUCAGUACUACAGCGGACAACUCUUCGACAUGCCUCGCAUCACCGAGUACGCCCAGUCCAAGGGCAUUGUGGUUGGUUGGGAUCUUGCCCACGCAGCUGGUAACGUUGAAUUGAAGCUUCAUGACUGGAACGUCGAUUUUGCGGCAUGGUGCACCUACAAGUACCAAAAUGCUGGACCAGGAUCCAUGGCUGGUGCCUUCGUGCACGAACGGCACGGAAAGGUCGAUACAAGCGAAGGCAAGCCGAAGUUUCGACAUAGGCUUACAGGCUGGUACGGAGGUGACAAAUCUGUGCGGUUCAACAUGGACAACAACUUUCUCCCUACCGUUGGCGCUGGCGGUUUCCAAGUUUCGAACCCUUCAGCUAUUGACCUGGCAUCUCUCUCGGGUGCUCUGUCCGUAUUCAGCAAAACGAACAUGACAGAAUUGCGAACGAAGUCGCUCGUUUUAACGGCGUACGCAGAGCACCUUCUGGACACCAUAUUGGCAGACGACACCGGCAGUGAGCCGUCAUUCCGAGUCAUCACACCUAGAAACGCACAUGAAAGAGGCGCUCAGCUCAGUGUUCUCCUGAGGGAUGGCUUAUUGGACCGCGUUUCCGAGGCUUUCGUUGAGGCAGGUGUUGUCUGUGACAAGCGGAAACCAGGUGUUAUUCGUGUCGCGCCGGUUCCGUUGUAUUGCACUUUCCAAGAUGUAUGGAAGUUUAUGGAUACUCUCAGGAGGGCGAUUGCCUGA